CCCCGUAGCUGCCAGACAGUUGAGAUGGGGAGGCUGCUGCUCUUGGCUGGGCUGGUUCUUCUGAUGAAACACAGUGAUGGUACUGCCUACAAGCUGGUGUGUUAUUUCACCAACUGGGCUCACAGUCGGCCAGGCCCUGCCUCCAUCUUGCCCCGUGACCUGGACCCCUUUCUUUGUACACACCUGAUAUUUGCCUUUGCCUCAAUGAGCAACAAUCAGAUUGUUGCCAAUAAUCUCCAGGAUGAGAACGUUCUCUACCCAGAGUUCAACAAACUCAAGGAGAGGAACAGGGCCCUGAAAACAUUGCUGUCCAUUGGAGGCUGGAACUUCGGCACAUCACGGUUCACCUCUAUGCUAUCCACAAUUGCCAGCCGUGAGGAGUUCAUUGAUUCAGUUAUAUUCUUCCUGAGAACACAUGGUUUUGAUGGGCUUGAUCUCUUCUUCUUGUACCCUGGAUUACGAGGCAGCCCGGCGAAUGACCGGUGGAAUUUUCUCUUCUUAGUGGAAGAGCUCCAGUUUGCCUUUGAGAAGGAGGCACUGCUCACCCAGCGCCCAAGGCUGCUGCUGUCGGCUGCUGUGUCUGGUGUCCCAUACAUCAUACAGACGUCUUAUGAUGUGCGCUUUUUAGGAAGACGUCUGGAUUUCAUUAGUGUCUUGUCUUAUGACUUACACGGAAGUUGGGAAAGGUUUACAGGACACAACAGUCCUCUGUUCUCUCUUCCUGAAGACUCCAAAUCUUCGGCAUAUGCUAUGAAUUACUGGAGAAAUCUUGGGGCACCCGCAGAGAAACUACUCAUGGGCUUCCCCGCCUAUGGACGUACCUUUCACCUGCUCAGUGCAUCUAAGAAUGGAUUGCAGGCUGCCUCCACGGGACCAGGAUCUCCUGGGAAGUACACCAAGCAGGCUGGCUUCCUGGCUUACUAUGAGGUCUGUUCCUUUAUCCAGAGCGCAGAGAAACACUGGAUUGAUUAUCAAUAUGUCCCCUAUGCCUACCAGGGGCAGGAGUGGGUUGGCUACGAUGACACCAUCAGCUUCAGUUACAAGGCAAUGUUUGUGAAAAAGGAACAUUUUGGGGGUGCCAUGCUGUGGACACUGGAUAUGGAUGACGUCAGUGGCACUUUCUGUGGCAAUGGCCCUUUUCCCCUUGUCCAUAUAUUGAAUGAGCUCUUGGUACAGGCAGAGUUCAGCUCAACUCCUUUGCCACGAUUUUGGUUUACAUCGCCUGUGAAUUCCUCAGGACCUGGUUCUGAGAGUCCGCCUGUGACAGAGGAGUUGACCACUGAUGCUGUAAAGAUUCUGCCGCCAGGAGGAGAGGCUAUGGCUGCUGAGGGCCCCAGAAAGUAUGAAAAUGUGACUACAAUCCCUAAUGGUGGAUUCGUGACCCCUGGGAGAACAAUGUCUCCUGCAACACAUACUGUAGCUCUAGGAAGUAACACCAUGGCUCCUUGGGCAAAUGCUACAACCUCACUGGACCUUCUGUCUGAGACCAUCACUGAGAUGACAGUGAUAGUCCAGACACAGAUACCAGGGGGAGAGACCACGGCCACAGUGGGCAAUCAGUCUGUGACUUCUAGGGGAGAGAUCACGGCCACAGUAGACAAUCAAUCUGUGACCCCUGGGGGAGAGACCAUGGCCACAGUGGGCAAUCAGUCUGUGACCUCUGGGGGAGAGACCACAGCCACAGUGGGUAAUCAGUCUGUGACCCCUGGGGGAGAGACCACGGCCACAGAGGGCAAUCAGUCUGUGACCUCUGGGGGAGAGACCACAGCCACAGUGGGUAAUCAGUCUGUGACCCCUGGGGGAGAGACCACGGCCACAGUGGGUAAUCAGUCUGUGACCCCUGGGGGAGAGACCACAGCCACAGUGGGUAAUCAGUCUGUGACCUCUGGGGGAGAGACCAUGGCCACAGUGGGUAAUCAGUCUGUGACCCCUGGGGGAGAGACCACGGCCACAGGGGGCAAUCAGUCUGUGACCUCUGCAGAGAUGGUUACAACUCUUGCCUAUCUUCAGACUAUGACUCCCAUUGAGGAGGGAACAUCUAGAAAGAAGGCUGUGGCCCUUGAAAGGGUUACUGUUCCCCCUAGAGAGAUGUCAGUUAUCCCCAAUGGGCAGAAUACAUCUCUAGAGUGGGGGAAAUUUGAUUACUGAGGUGGAAACUUACUCCCAGGAUGGGUGAACUGGUCCUUACGUAGAAGUGGAGGACAGGAUGCUGCCCUCUGGCUCCAUCAUCCUGUCCCCAGGAUAUGCUCCUUUCUCUUUUGAAAAUGGCUUCACUCUUACUGAUGGGAACUCUCCUUUGUCAACUCAACAACUCUUCGAACAAAUCUCCUCUCUCUUAAGAAAAAGAAAAUUCAGGACACAUUGUUAUGUAUCAAUGAACUCUCUUGGUGGCAAAUCCUAGGGGAAAACCCUUGCUUUUUCUUCUAUAUGAUAUGACAGAAGCCACUUCAGGCUGCUACCCAUGAGCAUUUUGUGGGGCUAAGCUGACACCAAAGCCACCAUAGGGUAAUUUCCUUUCUGUUGAAUAAACUGGAAGCA